GAAUCCCCCAAUUUUUCCCCGGAAGUCCUGUUAUUCUUCGGCAUCGGCAUUUUGAUAAUCCUGCGCUCCCCUGAGCGUUUGGUACCCAAUUUGUGAAUUUAUUUGGGGGUACGCAAGGUAAAUUUGAACCAUUAUUAAUGUCGGUGGCGGCUAUCGUUAAUUUUUGGGCGCCCAGUGCGGCAAGCAACGAGGUUGCCCAAGCCCGGUAUAUUAAACGUAAAUUAUAGUAUGGAUCGCCAUUCUUACGAUUCACUCUCGCGUCGUCGGCGUAUGGAAUAUUUGAUGUUUCGUGAACGUCCAGGUUUAGAUGAGGACAGAAUGAAAUCUAUUAUUAGUGAGCAUGAGAAUAUGAUUGCUGAUCGUGAGACUCAAAAUGACGUGGAGGAUAUGGACACUCAGGAAGUUGAUGAGCAAAUUGGCACAAAUUUGAAUUCUCAAGAAAAUUAUAACUUUGGAAUGACUAAUGUUGAAAGAAGAAUGAACGGAGAACUGAUAAAUACUAUUUCUUCAUCCCAGGACGCCGAAAUGGCAGAAGAUGAAGCGCGAUCUGAAGCAACUUUUAGAUUCACUGUGGAUAAUGUCAGUGAACUCAGGGAAUCAAGGCUAUCACCUCCCUGCUAUGUUCGCAACUUGCCUUGGAAGAUAAUGGUCAUGCAGCGAAGCACGCAAAUGCAUGAAAAGAAUCAGAAAUCACUUGGAUUUUUCUUACAGUGUAAUGGUGAAUCAGAAAAUACCUCGUGGAGUUGCUUUGCAGCUGCUGAACUGAAAAUCCUUCCACAGAAAGAAGGAGUAGAGCCUAUUUCAAGAAAAAUUCAGCAUUUGUUCUUCUCAAAAGAAAAUGAUUGGGGCUUUAGUCACUUCAUGGUCUGGAAUGACAUGUUAGAUCCUGAUAAAGGCUAUAUCAAAGAUGACUCAAUCACUCUAGAGGUUCAUGUUGCUGCAGAAGCUCCUCAUGGAGUCAGUUGGGACUCAAAGAAACAUACUGGUUAUGUAGGUCUGAAGAACCAAGGUGCCACUUGCUACAUGAACUCUUUACUCCAAACUUUAUACUUCACUAAUCAGUUGAGAAAGGCUGUUUAUAAAAUGCCAACUGAAAGUGAUGACAGUAGCAAAAGUGUAGCUCUUGCAUUACAAAGAGUCUUCCAUGAGCUUCAGUUCAGUGAUAAACCAGUUGGAACCAAAAAAUUGACCAAAUCAUUUGGCUGGGAGACCCUAGAUUCCUUCAUGCAACACGAUGUACAAGAAUUCCUUCGAGUGCUUUUAGAUAAACUUGAAAGCAAAAUGAAAGGGACAUGUGUAGAAGGGACCGUACCCAAGCUCUUCGAAGGAAAAAUGAUGUCCUUCAUUAAGUGUAAAAAUAUUGAUUACUCUUCAACGAGAGAAGAGACUUAUUACGACAUUCAGUUGAACAUUAAAGGCAAAAAGAACAUCACAGAAUCUUUUAAAGAUUAUGUCAAUCCCGAAGUCUUGGAGGGCGAUAACAAGUACGAUGCUGGUGAGCAUGGCCUUCAGGAUGCGGAGAAAGGAGUUAUUUUUGCCACUUUUCCACCUGUCCUUCACUUACACCUCAUGCGCUUUCAGUAUGACCCAGUCACUGAUUGCUCAGUGAAAUUUAAUGAUAGGUUUGAAUUUACCGAGAAAGUCUCUCUUAACCCUUACCUUCACAAGCCAGAGACUACUCCAGCUGACUACACCUUACAUGCUGUGUUAGUUCACAGUGGUGAUAAUCAUGGUGGACAUUAUGUUGUCUUUAUCAAUCCUCGUGGUGAUGGAAAGUGGUGUAAGUUUGAUGAUGAUGUUGUGUCGAGCUGUACGAAAAAAGAAGCAAUAGAAAACAACUUUGGAGGACAUGACGAUGACACAAUCAUGACAGUCAAACAUUGUACGAAUGCCUACAUGUUAGUUUACAUCAGAGAUUCUGAGUUAAAGAAUGUUUUACAAGAAGUUACAGAAGAAGAUAUUCCACAAGAGCUUUCGGAGAGGCUUGCAGAAGAGAAACGGUUAGAGCAGAUCAGGAGAAAGGAGCGAACUGAAGCUCACUUGUAUAUGACGAUCCAAAUAUUAUUGGAAGACGCUUUUGAUGGUCAUCAAGGGACCGAUCUCUUUGACCCUGAACAUGCUCAGUACAGAGUUUUCCGUGUCAAAAGAAAUACAACGCUCCAAGAUUUUCUAGAUCAUUUAUCUAAGACGCUUAAAUAUCCCCUCGAACAAAUUCGACCUUGGCCUCUCAAUUACCGUACUAAUCAAACCUGCAGACCAAACCUCAUCGAACUGGAGCAUGACUUGCAUCGUCUUGUUGUAGAAUUAUCAGAGAACCAAAGUCCAUGGAAUAUUUUCCUCGAAGUUGUUCCUCCUGAUUCAGGCCUGACAUCUCUUCCGCCCUACAACAAGGAUGAGGACGUUUUGUUGUUCUUUAAACUUUACGACCCUAAGCUGAUGAAAAUAUUCUACUGUGGUCAUUAUUACGUACCAGUUUCUCAAAAAAUGCAUGACUUAAUUCCAAUUUUAAAUGAAAGAGCCGGUUUCCCUCCAAAUACAGAACUGCAUAUCUAUGAAGAAGUGAAACCUAGUCUUCUGGAACCUAUUACUAAUUUUGAUGCUCCGUUAGAAAAGGUUCUUGAAGAGCUCAUGGACGGAGAUAUCAUCGUAUUUCAAAAGAAAGAACCCCCUGCUGUGGAGGCGCAGUAUAAAUUGAAAACUCCCGGAGAAUACUUUAAAGAUUUCCGUGUUGAAGUGACCUUCUGUGAUAAAUCAAUCCCUAAUGACCCUGGUUUCACUAUUCAAUUGUGGAUGAGGACAACAUAUGAGGAGAUGGUAGAAGAAGUCGCACGUAGAGUUGGUGUUGACAAGCAUCGGUUGCAAUUCUUCAAAUGUCAAGGUUACAAGGAUAUGCCUGGCAAUGCUCUUCAGUAUGACUUUGCAGGAACUUUAAAAGAUCUCGUAUUCUCCAAGCCGCCGGCAAAAUCACCCAAAAAAAUAUUUUAUCAGCAAUUGUCUAUACCUCUGAAUGAGCUGGAAAAUAAAAAACAGUUCAAGGUCUCAUGGGUAGGCCCUAAAUACAAAGAAGAAAAGGAGCUAACUCUGUAUGUCAACAAAACAGGGACCGUUCAAGAUUUGCUCGAUGAAGCUUUGAAAGUAGUCGAGUUAAAUCCAGAAGUUGGGUCUGGUAAAUUAAGGUUAGUGGAAAUAGUUACAAAUAGGAUUCAACCUGGUCCACCAGAAGACACCCCAAUAGAAAACCUAGUUAUGAAUCAGGCCAAAAAUUAUAGGAUCGAAGAAAUAUUGCGUGAAGAACUUAAUCUUGCUGAAGAUGAGAUGUUGAUACCUGUUGCGCAUUUUUGUAAAGAUGUUUUCUCUGUCUUCGGUAUACCUUUCUUCUUAAAAGUCAAACAGGGAGAAUCGUUUAGUAGGAUAAAAGAUAGACUAAUCAAGAAACUAGGAAUUCCAGAGAAGGAGUUUGAAAAGUUUAAAUUUAUGAUCGUUUCCCAAGGCAUACCAGAAUGCAUAGAAGAUUUGGAAACAACUAUCAAUUUGAACGAAUGGAGACACCCCAUCGUCGGAGGGAACAUAAGCACUAAGGCUUGGCUGGGUCUAGAACACAACAAGGCACCGAAGCGCUCGCGAUUCAACUAUUUAGAAAAGGCUAUAAAGAUUUACAAUUGAAAGUUAAAAAAUAUUUAUGUUGAUGUUAAAAAAAAAUUCUACAAAAAUUUUAAAAAAUAGCAGGAUCAAUUGUUUGCAGAAAAUUAAAGCUAGCGUGAGAAGCUAUUGUGUUUGGAAUAGAGAAUUAAUUCGCCGACUAACACUUGCAUUUUAUUUCGUUUUGACUUUCUUUUUCUCAGAAUCAGUAUAAUAAUUUUUUUAUUUAUUUAUUUUUUAAUUUUGAAUCAGUUUUUACUUUUGCGACCCCGCUUAGUUUAAAAUCCAGUUUUGCUUUUUUCACUAAAUCACAGAAUCAUCUUGAGUAAUGAGAGGUAUGCAUAGGACGAAAUCAAAACGUCGGACUAUCUGAAUUAUUGUGGAAUCGAUUUUAUCAGUCUGUAUUCAAGAUUUACAAGUGAACUAUUAAAGAAAGAUAUUAAAGUAUGUUUUACUGUAUCUAUAUUAUUUAUAAAUAUAUAAAUACUUUCUUUUUAAUGAA